GGCGUCCUUGUCGUCAUGGCGACCAGCGGUGGCCAUCAGGUGUGUCAGGAUGGAGCGGGUUCUCACGUGACGGGCGGCGAGGAUCUAAUAACAUUCUCAUCUUCAUCGUCAUCUUUGUCAACGGCUUCUUCAUCCUCAUUGCCUUCAUCGUUAACGUCAUCCUCUACAUGGGAUGAUUUUGCUAAAUGCAACUACUUUACCCUCCGUCGUUCUUGUGAGUCAGUCUGCCCUCACACUAGACCCAGCGGCUCCACGUCGCCUCCUGCUCGUCUGGCCUCACCCCUGGGUGGUGACGGUGGGGCCAGGCGCCACGGAGCCGUGACCCUCACCCCGACACCCCGGAUGCCCGUGCCGCCCCUUCCCCAGCCCUUACCUGCGACACUGGUUAUGUCGUGCUCUGGAGUGAACAGUUUAGUGGGAACUGGCGACGGGGAGCGUCGGGGUAGUCGUUGUGGUGCUUCUGUGAGGGAGGAAGGGAGGUUUCUGAACGGUGCUAGCAAAGUGAACACCCUCCCACGUGCCUCAGCUCCAUCACCCACCCCAAAUACGUUUAUUAGCUCCCGGAAGAGUAUCUCACCUGUUCCCAGGAUGUCGUCACAUACAUCCUCCCUCCCAAGUCGGUCUCGUGUCCCACCUCCUGGGGGUGACGCUGUCCCUCACAACCCGGGACCAGGGCCAGGGCCUUGUUCCGUUACAUGCCCCAACAACUUCUCCAGGCUCUCCAAGGAGCUCAGUGAGACCAAAGACCAGCUCUUUGCCCUGUCUGUCCAAAUGGCAGAGCAGUCAUCCCACAUCAACAAACUCAUGGAAGAAAACAGAAGAUACAUCAAGGAGAACGGGAAGUUGAAAAAGAAAUCCGUUUCCCGGUCUGGCGCGACGCUCCUGUCUCCCAACAACUUCGACCACUUCGGGAGCGGCGUGAGCUCUGUGGGCAUGGACGGUGACUAUGGACAGACGGAGGAGAUGCUGACAGAACUACAAGACCGCAUUAUGGCUCUGCAGAUACAUAACGACGAGCUGAGUGUCUGUCUAGAGCAGGAGAAGAGAAAGAGACGGGAGGCUGAGGAGCAAGUAGUGAGGGACGAGGGAUACAUCAAGCGUCUGGAGGACAGUGUGCAGACGCUGCGGGGAACACGGGUUGUAAUGGACUCCGGGGCGUAUCGGCAGCUGGCAGAGGCUUACAUAGCAGCCCGCCGCCCACCCGCCCGCCGCCCUCACACCCACCUACACGCUAGCGGCUCCGACCUCGUUUGUGACUCCUCGUCCACCUCAUCCCCGAGCAUGCCGAGACUGCCUCACCAGACCUCCGGCUACCCCUGCUCUACUCAGUCGGACUCGUCCAUUCCCUCCUCCACGUCCUCCUCCCAGUCCAUAUACCCCGAGGACUCUCAACUCUACCCCAGCAGUUCUAGGAAUCGUGGCAGCGUCAGGGGACCGAAAGAGAAGAGCACAAUGGAGCGAAGUGGCAGGAGUAUAGGAGGUGCCACCAUGAACCCAUGGGAAUACCAGCAACUCUUGGAAAGCCUGGAAGACCUUGACGGAGCCAGCAGAGGAGCCUUGUCUUGAACAGCAACCUGAUGCAGUCAUUGAGUAUUGUCUGAACCAUAUAUGAGGGAGGAAGAAUAAUGAACAAGAUUAAUUCAGUGGUGCUAGAAUCGCUGAAAAACUUCCUUAGCUCUUCGAGAACUUCGAGAACGUAAAUAAAGUCAGCAACAGAGGAUGGACCCUCGUCUUCGAAGCCAGUUUGACGGAGUAGUACAGAACUUGCCGUCUGAAUCAUGAAGGAAUGAAAAACAAUGAAAACAAUGAAAAAGAAAUAUCAAGGUGCAAGAGUCGAAGGAGAGCCUUGAUUGUGCGUUGCCGGCACUCGAGGCGAGUGUCCGGCAUCCUUACUGCAUAUGUCCUAGCGCCACUCCCCGCCGAGGAAGGAUCGGAACUUAGAUGAGACGUUGAGAAGCAGGAAAAGAGAACUUCGGGUUGCAGGCUCAGAACCUGAGCCUGGUGACUGAGUCGUUGCUGGAGACUUAACAUAGAGUUUCCAGCACUGUCUGCCUCCCCUCCUCAUUUGCCUGUCUCAUGCGGCGUUGUGCUGAUCGUGGUGGAAAUGCUAAACUCUUAAAGAAACGUUAGAAAAGAAGGUAACUAUAUAAUGCCUAUAUAUGAUGGACCAUGAAAAACAAUCAACGCAAAGAAGAACAAAACAUAUUCGGUUCAAUAUAUCUGGAUUUUGUGAUUACCAUGGUGUUUCCUAUCUGUAUGGUGUUAAUGAUAAGAGAAAGAUAUCACUGAAAACCAGUUAGCAAUGAUGGUUUUGCAUGACAGUCAAAGCACUACAAAAUGUGGAAAAUUCACCCGAAACCUGUUGUGGCCCUGUGGGUGAUCCUCCUAUGCCUGAAUAUGCUCACUAGAUGCGUAAUACUUCACCCCUUUGAGUAAUAUUGCUCGGCCAAGUGGCAGCAGCAGCAUCGGGACAGUCGAACUUGGUCUGUCAGUCAACUAUUCAUUGAUGUGUGUGUGUGUGUGUGUGUGUGUGUGUGUGUGUGUGUGUGUGUGUGAUCAAAAAGGUAUCAUUUCUAAAAGAGUGGAAAAUGAUUUAAGGCACCAUGAGUUAACCAUUGACUGACAGGUAUGAUUGUCUUUAUCGUUAUUGCUGUUAUUGUUUUGUUACCGAACGGACCACAUGUUGAGUCUAAGAGGGCGCUGCUUCCCUUCAUUGUGCCAUAGUGGUGAUGCAGAGGCGCCAACGUCACUGGGCCUGGCAGGGAGAGUUGAUGUGAUGGUGUUUACUCCGGUGCAGCUAGAGAGAAAUAGUGUGUGUGUGUGUGUGUGUGUGUGUGUGUGUGUGUGUGUGUGUGUGUGCACGUUACCAAAUGCCAGACGCUGCCAUUAUUUUUCUAUCGACAAUAAAUUAUUAAAAACUC